GACGGCCUCGGUGGUGCGGAGCUGCUACUUCCAUGGGGUCGCUGCCACGGCCGUGGCCAUCUCCCACGGCGCUCCUCAAAUCGCCUCGGGGAGCUCCAGUGGCCACGUGGUUCUGCAGCCCUUCCACGGCACCCAGGGCCCGACCCCCUUGCCAGGCCUCCUGGACGCAGAGUCCCCGAUCGAGAGUCUGUGCUACUCCUCGCUGCGACAGGAGCUCCUGGCAGCGAGCGACAGCAGCGGAAGCUUGCAGAUCUGGGAUGCGACGGCGCUGCGACACGUGUGCCGCUUCGCCGGCGCGCACCGAGGACCUGCGCGGGGUUUGUCUUUUUCGACGCAGAACAGCGACCUUCUCAUCUCCGGUGGCCGAGAUGCCGCGUUGGUCUUCUGGGACGUGAGGAAUUCGCGGCAAAUUCAAGAAGUCUCCGUCGAAGCUGGCAUCACUUCUUUGUCUUACCAUUCAGGCGGCUACUUACUGGCCACGGGCACCUGCGACGGCACCAUCCUGAUCUUCGACCUGCGCAGCCUGGUGUCGAAGAAGCAGCCUGCGGACCCUGUCCAGCGUUACGAGAGCCAGGACAAAGGAGCCUUGGCUGCCUUGGCCUUCGCUCCCGACGCCUCCGAGGGCGGCUCGGUGACCCUGCGCCCAAAGGUCGUGGCUUCCGCGGCUUCCCCGGCCAUCUCAGGAGCUUCUCAGACGGCCCUGAGAGCUUCUGCAGACGAGUUUCACGAGGACAACGUUGCCCAAAGCUUCGCCUCCAUCGAUUCACUCAUGGACAGACUUUCCAAGCGGGCUACGGCCAAGCCCGACGCAGAAAGGACCUCGAGCACCCCCUUGCCGGGCGUCACUGUUCAAGUUGAAGCCAAGGGGAUCGUUCCUCCGUUGCCCAGCACCGGUUCCAGGAACUCAAGCGGCACCGUAUCGAAAGAGGAGACACCCCUCGAGAGCCGAAGAAGCUCCCAGCAGGUGUCCCGGUAUAGCAUCGGCAGUCCCGGAGAAGAUGCCGCCGCGGCUCCAAGCCCCUGGUGGAAGGGCGCGGAGGCAAAGACAACUCCGACGCGCAGCAUUCCACAGGCACUCUCAGCAUCCUCACCACCAGCAGCACUGGCGGAG